AUGCCGUUUUUUCCUAUCCCAGAGACUUUAGACACACCCCUUGUCGCGUCCAAGCUGAGGGAUACUAACGACGAGGAAAUUCCUGAAGGACAGCGCGGGGGCGAUUCGGACUGGACCCCCUCCGAGGAGGUCUCGUCGGUAUACCGUUUCCUCGAGUCCUCUUGUCGACAUUAUGAGAACAGACGCUUUAAACGAGUCCGGGUACGCCAACGGCUCUGGCGUUCGGUGAUUAACGACACUUUCCGCGAAAACGAGGUGAUCCAUGCAAGGGACCCUAUCAGUACCUCGGCGGGCGGUGCGUUGGUGGAGUGGGCAUCGUCCGGAUCCAUUGGGUUCACACAGGAUACCCAGGGGCUCUGGCAGGAGCAGCGCAUACGCUUGGAGCGCACGUACUACCUUCCUAUUACGCCGUACGGCAACGUUGCGCAGUCCUGUCGUACCCAAGACAGCGGAGGUGUCUCGAAUUCGACGGCGCACGACGUUUUCCCCAAGGAAGGGGCCGACGGGGAUGACCAUGUGGUGUCGGGUAAGCUUGGCUCUAUUCUUCGUAGCACUCGUACAGGCGAUGAUAAUGUGGCUGAAACGGGGUUUGAGCUUCUGGAGGAGAGGUCGCCGGUGUCGAGCACUUGCGCUUCUCCAUCCCCUGAGGACUCCUCGUCUCUCUUCCUCAUGCCUACCACCACCAUUCGAGUUCAAGACGCUGCUUUCGUCGGGGAGGGUCCCCAGCGUGCGAGGGCACCCCCGAAGGGUGCGGUGCGGCAGUUGGCGCCUUCAUCACUACGUGGCGUUGCGGCUGCGCAGGUGUGGCGGCUCCAGCAGUUCCACAUCGAAUGUUUGGAGUACAUCCACCGCCAGACUACGCAGGACUCCGAGGUGAUAUCCUGUCAAGCGAAUCAUACCCCGUUGCGUCCCUGCACUUGCUGCCUCUGCACAGACCUCCGCGCGAACUUCGCGCAGGUGGUUUUUUGCCCUCAGCUACUCCACCCUUAUCUCAUGCAUCUCCAUGUCGCGAGCAGCACGAUGUUGCCGUUGGAGUCAAUGUGGGUGGCCGGUGCGACCUCAACGUUGUCAAGCCGCACCACCACCGAGGUUGACCCCACCGCCACAUUUCCUCACCUUUUAAACGUCAUAAAGGGAUCCACAUCUUAUUCUUCCACUUCUUCGACGUCCGAGUUGUCGAGCUGGCAGUGGUUCGACGACGCGGUACUCGAUGAGGUGCUCCUCAUCGCGGUCUCCCCGUGCUUCAGGCCCUACCAGCAGGUGCUCCUGCCCCCCAGUAGGGCUUACCUUUCUUUGAUCCUCUGCGAGCUCGAGAAAAGCUUGACGGUGAUGCUGCAUGGCAUAAUUCCGUGCGGUGCUCAAGAAGCUCAUUGCAUGAAGGGCUCUAAGAAGGUUGACGCCAAGGAGGUUGCACCGUCGCCCGCUCUUUCAUCUUUUCAGCUACUAAACUCCUGGGAUCGACGUGUUUGGGAUGAGUAUCUAAAGUACUUUGUAGAGUCUGUUCGCCACGAGCUAUCAGCGAAGGAUGGGGCUGAGGUGCUGCGGGGGUUGGUGGGGCGUGGCGUCUUACCUCCCACCGCCACUGCCUCUUGCCCCAUUCAUCCAGAAGCCACCACCCAAGACAAGGAGGCUUUUCAAGGGCCCCCACGACGCGAUAGCGGAAAGGAUCCUAUACCGGAGGACGGCGAUGAGGCCAAGGAGCUGGAUCAGCACCUUCUUGCUGUGCAGGUCGCCGCCGCUGCGCACGUGCACGGGGCCUGCCGAAAGGUCGAGCGGCAUCUUUUGCAGCUCAUCCUCGACACACUACGGCCGACUCUCCACCGGAGGAUUUUCACCAUGUAUGAGCUACUUCGCCUUCUGUCGGUGAAGGGUCUUUACAUCGAGCACUCCGCCGCGAUCGCGCGCUACCGUGCGUGGUAUCAGGGGACGCCCUCGGCAGGGACCGUACUGCGGUUGUUAGCGCAUAACUCACGCCUCGGGGGGGCGCUGCGGGAGGCUUUCCCGGAGUACUUCGUUGGCCCCGCGGUGGACUCCCCGACCGAGCUCGCGAACGCAGGCCUGAAGGCGGACAGCAAUGGCGACAGCCCCCUUCUCGACGAGGCGGAGAACCCGGACGGGAACGGGUCUUCCAUGAGCGCGCGCUCCGACAGCGCGGCGGUGGUGUCGGAGCCGCGUGGCCUCCCUCUCGCCCCCUCUCGUCGUCCGCACCGGCAGCGGUGGCUGCGAAUGGGGACGGUGCGGCCUCGGCCCUGGGGCUUCGUGCCGGAGAGGGCGCUGCUGCAUCCGGAGUACCUCACACGGUUCACAGGGUGGGUGCAGAAGACCUACCACGGUGGCCUCUCCGCGGUACCGCCGCAGUUCACCUCAGCCGCGCAGGAGAAGAACCACGCGCACACCGCCGGCACGUCAUUUCAGACAUCUGACGACCCCAACGGCGGUGGUGAUCAGCAGUCUCAGACAGGCAGUCUGCCCACAUCGCCAGUUUGGCAGGACGACGCGGCGCUACGCAUGUUGUUGAAGUCCAUGUGCAAUAAGGGCCGCACUAUGACCUCUGAGGAGAUCGAUCACUACAUCAUCAGUUCCACUCACCCAUUUUAG